AUGAAAAUGGCAGAAGGAAACCAUUCUAUUGUGACGGAGUUCGUGAUUGCAGGUUUAACAGGAAAACCAGAGCUGCAGCUGCCCCUCUUCCUGCUCUUCCUCGGGAUCUACAUGCUCACAGUGCUGGGGAACCUGGGCAUGAUCAUGCUGAUCCUGCUCAGCUCCCACCUGCACACCCCCAUGUACUUCUUCCUCAGCAGUCUGUCCUUCAUUGACCUCUGUUAUUCCACUAUCAUUACCCCAAAAAUGCUGGUGAACUUUGUGACAAAAAAGAACAUCAUCUCUUACCCUGAAUGUAUGACUCAGCUCUAUUUUUUCAUUGCAUUUGUUAUAUCUGAGUGUCACAUGUUGGCUGCAAUGGCCUAUGACCGCUAUGUGGCCAUCUGUAAUCCCUUGCUUUACAAUGUCACCAUGUCUUAUCAAGUCUGUUCCUGGAUGGUAGGUGGAGUAUAUGGCAUGGGCUUCAUUGGUGCAGCAAUUCACACUUUCUGCAUGCUAAGAGUACAGUUCUGUAAGGCUAAUAUAAUAAACCAUUACUUCUGUGAUCUUUUCCCAUUGAUGGAGCUCGCAUGCUCCAGUACUUUUGUCAAUGAGGUAGUACUCCUAUGCCUCAGUGCUUUCAAUAUUUUUAUUCCCACUCUGACCAUCUUGAGCUCUUACAUCUUCAUCAUUGCCAGCAUCCUCCGCAUUAAAUCCACUGAGGGCAGGUUCAAAGCCUUCAGCACCUGCAGCUCCCACUUCUCUGCUGUGGCCGUCUUCUUCGGCUCUCUGGCAUUCAUGUACCUGCAGCCCUUCUCUGUCAGUUCCAAAGACAAAGACAAAGUGUCGUCUGUGUUUUAUACUACUGUUGUACCCUUACUGAAUCCCAUGAUCUACAGCCUAAGAAAUAGGGAUGUCAAACUCGCUCUAAGUAAGUUAUUUCAAAAGAAGAAUUUCAUUAUGUAA